GCUUAUGGACUCCACUACAGCCACAGCGGAGCUCGGCUGGACGGUGUACCCCGUGUCAGGCACCAGUGACAACAGCUGGGAGGAGGUGAGCGGUUAUGAUGAAAACAUGAACACCAUCCGGACGUACCAGGUCUGCAAUGUUUUUGACAACAAUCAGAACAACUGGGUACGGACAAAGUACAUCCGCCGUCGUGGUGCUCAGCGGAUCCACGUGGAGAUGAAGUUCUCGGUGAGGGACUGCAGUAGCAUUCCCAACGUGCCUGGCUCCUGUAAAGAGACAUUUAACCUCUAUUACUACGAAUCUGACUCGGACACAGCCAGCAGGAACUCCCCGGCCUGGAUGGAGAACCCCUGGAUCAAAGUGGACACCAUCGCAGCAGACGAGAGCUUCUCCCAGGUGGAUCUAGGGGGCAGAGUGAUGAAGAUCAACACUGAGGUCCGGAGCUUCGGCCCUGUGUCACGAAACGGCUUCUACCUCGCCUUCCAGGACUACGGCGGCUGCAUGUCGCUCAUCGCUGUUCGCGUCUUCUAUCGGAAGUGCCCACGUAUCAUCACCAACGGGGCGUUGUUCCAGGAGACGCUGUCGGGAGCAGAGAGCACCUCCCUGGUGGCUGCACGAGGUGUUUGCAUCCCCAACGCAGAGGAGGUGGACGUGCCCAUCAAGCUGUACUGCAAUGGAGAUGGAGAAUGGAUGGUUCCCAUUGGACGCUGCAUGUGCAAGGCUGGGAACGAGGCUGUGGAGAAUGGGACUGUCUGUCGAGGCUGUCCGUCGGGCUUCUUCAAGCCGACUCAGAAAGACGAACCCUGCCUGCAGUGCCCCAUCAACAGCCGAACCACCAGCGAAGGCGCCAUGAACUGCGUUUGCCGCAACGGUUACUACCGCACCGACUCAGACCCUCUCCAGAUGCCCUGCACAACCGUCCCCUCAGCUCCACAGACCGUCAUCUCCAGCGUGAAUGAAACCUCCGUGAUGCUGGAGUGGAUACCUCCCCGGGACUCGGGGGGCCGCGAGGACGUCGUCUUCAACAUCAUCUGCAAGAGCUGUGGUGGAGGCCGUGGAGGCUGCACCCGCUGCGGGGACAACGUCCAGUUCCAGCCCCGUCAGCUGGGACUGACAGAGCCUCGGGUCUACAUCAGUGAGCUGCUGGCCCACACGCAGUACACAUUCGAGGUGCAGGCUGUCAACGGCGUGUCAGACCAGAGCCCGUACUCCCCUCAGUACUCCUCAGUCAACAUCACCACUAACCAGGCUGCUCCAUCCACAGUAUCCAUCAUGCACCAGGUCAGCCGCACUGUGGACAGCAUCACCCUCUCCUGGUCCCAGCCUGACCAGCCCAAUGGAGUCAUCCUGGACUACGAGCUCCUGUGUUAUGAAAAGGACCAAUCAGAGGUUAAUGCUACCGCCAUCAGGAGCCAGACCAACACAGUGGUGAUCCGCGGCCUGAAGCCAGGAAGCAUCUACGUGUUCCAGGUCCGGGCGCGCACCGUGGCCGGCUUUGGACGCUACAGUGGCAAACUGUACUUCCAGACCAUGACUGAGGAGGAAUACAACACCAGUAUUCAGGAGAAGCUACCUCUCAUCAUCGGCUCGGCAGCUGCGGGCUUGGUCUUCCUCAUCGCUGUGGUCGUCAUCAUCAUCGUCUGCAACCGGCGUGGCUUUGAACGAGGUGAUUCAGAAUACACGGACAAACUGCAGCACUACACCAGCGGCCACAGAAUGAAGAUAUAUAUUGAUCCGUUUACAUAUGAGGACCCCAACGAGGCUGUGAGGGAGUUUGCCAAGGAGAUUGAUAUAUCCUGUGUGAAGAUUGAACAGGUCAUCGGAGCAGGAGAGUUUGGAGAGGUUUGCAGCGGUAACUUGAAGCUCCCGACUAAAAGAGAGAUGUUUGUGGCCAUAAAAACUCUGAAGACUGGCUACACUGAAAAGCAGAGGCGAGACUUCCUGAGCGAGGCCAGCAUCAUGGGCCAGUUCGACCAUCCAAACAUCAUCCACCUGGAGGGCGUGGUCACCAAGAGCAGUCCUGUCAUGAUCAUCACUGAGUUCAUGGAGAACGGCUCUCUGGACUCCUUCCUCAGACAAACGAUGGGCAGUUCACUGUGAUCCCAGCUCGUUGGUAUGCUGCGUGGCAUCGCCCAGCAUGAAGUCCUGGCCGACAUGAACUAGCUACACCGGCGACCUCGCCUGCCCCGGAACAUCCUGGUCAACCAGCCAACCUGGUGUGGCAAGGUGUCGGACUCGGUCUCGCUCACGGCUUUCACUUGCGCGCAGGCACGAGAUAAUUCCGACCCAGACUACACUAGUGCUCUUGGAGGGAAGAUUCCUAUCCGAUGGACGGCACCCGAAGCUAUCCAGUACAGGAAGUUCACCAACGCUAGUGAUGUGUGGAGCUACGGGAUCGUCAUGUGGGAAGUCAUGUCCUACGGGGAGAGGCCUUACUGGGACAUGACCAAUCAAGAUGUCAUCAACGCCAUAGAGCAGGACUACCGGCUGCCCCCCCCCAUGGACUGCCCCAGCGCGCUGCACCAGCUCAUGUUGGACUGCUGGCAGAAGGACCGCAACAACCGGCCCAAGUUCAGUCAGAUCGUCAACAACCUGGACAAGAUGAUCCGCAAUCCCAACACGCUGAAGGCCAUGACCCCGUUAUCUUCAGGUGUUCAUCUCCCCCUCUUGGACCGCAGCAUUCCCGACUUCUCCAGCUUCAGCACCGUGGACGAGUGGCUGGAUGCCAUUAAGAUGGGCCAGUACAAAGACAAUUUCGCCGGCGCUGACUUUUCUACGUUUGAUGUGGUGUCCCAGAUGACCAUGGAGGACAUCUUGGGAGUCGGGGUGACGUUAGCGGGCCAUCAAAAGAAGAUCCUCAACAGCGUCCAGAUGAUGCGGGCACAGAUGAACCAGAUCCAGUCGGUGGAGGUUUGACCCUCCCGAGCGGAGCAGAGGGGGGAGAACAAAAGGCGGUUGGGAUACAGGGCUCUGGGUGUGGAGGAUGGAGUGGAUGGUUUUUUCGCGUUACAGUGUUUCUGGGACUUCCCACCAGGCUACAUUCCCCCCCCCACG